AUGGGAAUCAACCAGGACGUGUUGCUGUCUCUGCUUUGCGCCUUUGGCAACUGGUACAACAGCUCCGGCCAUGCAGACAGGUGUCUCUCUGCCGAGGCCAACGUCUCUGACCCGUUCCUCAGACAGGUGGCGCUCUUCACCAGGGAGUGGCUUAUCUUUCUGCCUCCACAGCAGGCCAGGUUCAUGCAGGUGUGCCCCAUCCUGGGCUUCCUGGCCGUUUCUGUGGUGGUUCCUGUUAUCCUAGCCAAGAUCUUGACUAGGUCACAGAUGCGGCAGGAGACACGCUACCUUCUGCUGGCUAAUGCCUUGCUCAGUGACCUGCUCUUUGUGGCCAUGUACAUGCUGAGCACGUGUCUGAAUGCAGCAGGCGUGCUGAUGUCCGAGUGGGCCUGCGCUACCGUGCUCUUCCUAUUGGGGGUGCUUUACAGCUCUGGGAUCCUCAGCACCAAGGCUAUGGUCCUGGACACGUCCCUUGCAGUUCUGGUCCCCCUGCGUUAUUUUGCGUUGUGGCCUGUGUCCAGGACCAAGAGGGUCAUUGUGGGUAUCUGGGCUCUGUCUGUGUUCUUUCCAGCAGGGUCUGUGGGGGUGUUUCUGUGGUACCACUCCACGGUGCCCUGCUCCCUCCACAUUUGCUCUCUGCCUCUGCUGCUGGUGCUCUCUGUCAGCUACUCCACACCCAUGCAGAUAUCCAUGCUCCUGGGAGUUGUGGGCAUCUUGUUUAUCUUACUCCUGGUCUUCUCCGGCUACAUGCUUCUACACUGGCGCACUCGCAUGGCAGGUGUCUGGAGGGGUGAAAGUUCAUCUCGCGCCAAAGGAACCUUCCUUAUCCACUACCUCCACCUCUUCCUGUCCUUCUGUCCCAUAUUGGUGCUGGCUAUUGAACUGCUGCUGUACUACCACCACGGUGUUCUCGACCUGCGUGCCAACCUGUGGGUGUCGCUGGUGGUGUGCAAUGUGCUGCUGGUGCUGCCCAAGGCCUUGGCACCUUAUCUAUAUGGCCUCAGAUACAGGGACCUGAGAGCAGCCCUGCUCAGCUUCUAUGGCCUGAGGAGGCCUUCAGCCAUCACCCCUGUGAUUUGA